UCAAUUUUAGUUGCACAAUUCGAUAGAAGAAAGGACACUGUCCCGCCGUGCGUUGUCGGUCAGUCAAUAAUCGCGAGUUUAGUUAAGCGGGUUACACCAGAGCGCAAGCCGUAAGCGGUGCACGAUAAUCCAGUGGGUUGCUUGGAUUAGGAAAGGUGAGGCUUGGCGAGCUGCGCAGCAAUGAGGCAAAUUUACGUACCGUCGUUAUCGGAGGAAUUUUACGCGAGUGCCGAGCAGCUGCUGGGAGAAACGGCCGUAAAGAGAACCGAAUCGGUGGCGGAAGUUCAACGCUGGGCUGAGCAAAACAAUGUACGGAUGCACCGCGAUGUGCGUAUAAUCAUCUAUUUUUUGCGCACCACAAAAUAUGACCUCGAGAAGACAAAGAACAAGAUUCAAAAGUACUACACAAUUCGCAGCGCACGCACGGAAUGGUUCCAAAACCGGGACCCGUUUCUGCCGGAGAUGCAGGAGCUGCUCGACAUCGGAGUGUUUCUGCCACUGCGCCAUAAGGACACCCAAAACCGGCAGGUAGUCAUCAUCAGGACCGCGGCCCACAGCCCCAAGUACCACACCCAGGACAACGUGUUCAAAUUGGACAAAAUGGUGCUUGAUUUGCUGUUGCAUUUAGACGAGACCAUUUCCGUGUACGGAAUCGUGGCCAUUUUCGACAUGAAGAACGUGACGCUUGGCCAUGCCCUGCAGUUAAAUCCGUCGUUGAUUAAAAGAACCGUAGAAAGUUGGGAGAACUAUCCGUGUCGGCCCCAGGUUCUGGAAUUUGUAAACGCACCUGUCCACGUAAACUUCGUGCUGAAUGUAUUCAGGAGUUUCAUGAGUGAGAAGAUGAAAUCCCGGGUGAAAAUUUCCAAGCACGAAAUAAAGAUGGCAGAGUUUGUGAAUUUGCCGUCCGAUCUCGGCGGAACCGGCGAAAGCUACACCGAGCUAGCACUCCACUGGAAGCGAAAGGUGCAGGAGCAUGCCGCGUGGUACGCGGAAACCGAGCAGUAUCAGAAGCGGCCGGCGUGAUAAAAGUGAAAUUACUGUUUGCAUUUCUUAGGGGUAAAGUUGUUUGAACAUGAACAAUUGUAUUUGUUUUUUUAUUUGUAAAUUACGGGGUUUGUCCAAUAAAUGCUUUAAGGUUUUUUAAAAACGA